AUGGGCUGUGUAAAGCGACAAGGAUUAAAGAUGCAGAACAGUUGUUCGACGAAAUGCUUAAAAGAAGAUUGUUACCCACUUGGGAGAUAUUGUGAACUGGGGGAAAUGGAGAAUGCUGAGAAAGAGGGGAAGAUAAAAGAAGCUUUCCGGUUUUCUGAGGAGAUGCUCAAAAGUGGAAUAGAUUUAAACUUGGGGAUUUAUAUACCCUCAUCAAUGGCAGAUGAUGUGAACGUUUACGCUGAAAUAUUGGAGGAUCCCCGCGAUGGUUUCCCCAAUUUUAGCAAGUGGUACGGUUCCCAACUCGCUAAAAGACACCCGUUGGAGCUGGAGCUGAUGGCGAUAUUGAUGAUUUUGAUAUUUUCACCGAUGCGACUGAGGAUGACAGUAGAGGAGAGGGAAGCUGUGAAGGACACUAGGGCGACUAAAGAGAGCAACGAAACUGGUACCGGUUGGUGA